AUGAAUAAGCGAUCUGUCGCUAAAGAACAUUUACAUUAUCAAUGUUCCGUGUUGAAAAAGAAGUUUAGUCUUAUUCCUGGCAUGGAAUUGUAUCUUUCAAGUUCUUUCAACCAAGCAGAACAAUGUUGUGAACAACAGGCAUUAGCAUUAUCUCAGGAUUCAAGUAAAGAGAACCGUCUCAACAGUGAGUAUCGGUCAUCUGUGAUCUCUUCAGGGUUUUCUAUUCAUUCUGACAACUCCGUAGAGGCAAACGGAAAUUCAAAUGGAGCACAAAAUAAUAGUAGCUCCACUUUAAUGCCUAAUGGAAAUAGUUCAGUCGCCAACUACAACAAAAAACUGACAAAUAAUAAUAUUUUUACAUUUACUGCUGGUGUUCUACCUGCGAAUAUUAGUGUUGAUCCAGUUACUCAAGUGUGGAAAUUAUUUCAAAGGGGCGACCCUUUGUGUCUUUUGUUCAAUAAAGUGUGUAAGGACUAUCAAAUUCCAAUCCAGCCUUCAUCAAAUGGUGAUGACAUGAAAACGUGCAAAAAAGCGGUUUACGAUUUCAUUAUAGCAGUAACACUGCACAUCGAUCUUUCUAAGUUAUCUAAUUCCAACUCCGACACUAACACCUUGGAUGAUGAUGAUGAAGAUGAGCCAGAGAUGUUCACAAUUUCUAAUGUAUUUUCCGACUCGACUUCUGAUUUGUUGAAAGUUAUAAAUGUAGUUAACAGAUUGAUGGACCUUGACAAGGCUUUUUUCAAAUUGGAUGACAAUUUUACCGUUCCUGACAUUGUUAUAAACGAUGAUAGAUCAAAGGCUUUUAAGGAACUCGUUGAGACAGAACGAAAAUUUGUUUCUGACUUAGAACUUCUUCAAAAGUACAAGCAGCAAUUGGUGAAUGCUGAAAUCAUAACCAAUGAGCAAAUCCAAAUUCUCCUUCCAAAUAUUAAUGAAAUAAUUGAGUUCCAAAGACGACUUUUGAAUGGUUUGGAAUGUAAUGUGAAUGUUCCAUACAAAUACCAACGCAUAGGUUCAAUUUUCAUACAUGCAUCGAACGGUCCCUUUAAGUCGUACGAACCGUGGACUAUAGCACAGCUUCAGGCGAUUGAAUUGGUGACGAAGGAAGCCGCAAACUUAAGACGGUCACUGUCAUUAUUGGAUCCCGGGUUUGAGCUUCAAUCUUUUCUUAUAAAACCUAUUCAAAGAUUAUGCAAAUAUCCACUUUUAUUAGACCAAAUGAUAAAGUAUUCUCCAGAAUCACUGGAAGAUCCGACUCCCCUGGCUACGUUUGGCGAGUUGUUACUUGCUAGGCAGGCGAUGAAAGAGGUUGCUAAUGAGAUUAAUGAGGCCCAACGUCGGGCUGAAAACGUUGAGUUCUUACGAAAUUUAACAGAUAGAGUGCAAAAUUGGCGUGGUUUUGAGUUAAGGGAUCAAGGAAACUUGCUUUACCAUGGAACCGUUGGAGUGAGAGAUCAAGAUAAUGAAAAGGAGUAUCAAGCGUAUUUGUUUGAACGAAUUAUAUUCUUUUUUGUUGAUACAGCGAAUCCCGGGAAUACAGAGAAUAAUUCGAGUACAAGCUCUAAUAAGAAAAUGCGUGAAAUUCUUUCUUCUAGGAAGAAAUCACAAGCAUCAACAUCCACUGCCAAUUUACUUGAGAAUUUGAACUCUACUCGAGAUAAAUCAGUACUUGAGUUGAAAGGCCGAGUAUAUAUCUCUGAGAUUUAUAACUUUUCCACGGCAAAUGUGAAUAAUGGGUAUACAUUAAUGAUCUCAUGGUCAGGUCGCAAGGAGAAUGGGUCAUUUACUUUGAGAUACAAAACAGAAGAAGCCCGUAACCAGUGGGAACAUUAUUUGCGCCAAUUGAAGACUGCUGAUAACAACAAUUCUACAGUGGUGAGCAAGCGAGUACGAGACUCUCAUGGAUCUCAAGCUACAAAUGAUUCUUAUGAUUUAACUGCAGCAUAUUUGGCAUCAAGUGAUGCUAAUUCUUCACGGUCGUCUAGUGGAUCGCAAUAUCAACGUCAUCAUAGCUCAUCAUCAACUUUAUCUAUGCUUAAAGGGGCCAGGAGGUCAAAGUCAAAUGGCACUAUUGAAUCCAGCUAUGGAAACGGAAGCAGCAGUAGAAGAGGAUCAGUGCAUCAAGAUACACCUGUUGUUGGUAUUAAAUUGAUUUACAAUAAGAUUGAAAUUCCUGGGUUAUUGAACGUGUCGCAAUACAUUGCCUUCCCUGAUUUACAAGAACGUAUCAGUAUUCUGAUUUCUCUGAGUCAAGUGGUGACUGAGGACAUUGUGGUUAAUAAGAUGAAGUAUAAAGAUGAAGAUGGAGAUUUUGUUGUUUUAGAGCUGGCUGACGACUGGAAUUUGGCUGUGGAUAUGUUGCAAGAAAUGGCACAAGCCAAUGCGUUGACUAUAUUUGUACUGUAG